UAAAAACUCACUUAGCUAUAGCCAUUCCCGUUGACAAAGCCAACCUCUCCUUUACUCUCUUUCUCUCUCUUUUAGCUCUCUAUCUCUCUCUCUCAAUGGAUGCUCUUAGCUUUGUGAAAUUCUGGCUAACCAAUAACACCAACGGCAAUAAACCCCGCCGUGAAAUCAGAAUCUCAGAAUCCGCCGUCGAACCCUCCACCGCAUUGGGAGACUCCGAAGUUGACCUCUGCGAAGAAGAUGAUUCCUUCUUCGAGCUCGAGAUCUCUCUCUCCGACUUCUCCUUAAAGAAAAACAAAACCCAUGAAGAAGAAAAACAGAACACGUUCUCUGUCUCCAAAAGCAAAGUCCUCCCUUUCGUCGAAACCACCUCGAAACCUCAAUCUCCGAUCACUCUCCUGAAACCCAGUCAAAAGCUUCGUGCUUUCUCCUUCAAGAAGAAAGAACCCAGCAGCAGAAGCCUCAACGUAAGGUUCAGAUUCGAAGACGAGACAACAACGAGGUGUGAAGACUCUGUUUCUUCCUCUUCAAAGAGAUUCUUCGAUCUCAUUAAGCCACUGUACAAUAAAACAACGAAGAGACAGAGCGUCAACAGUGUAUCCACUUCUCCGGCGUCUUCACCGGCGGCGAGAGAGAAACAGAGGAGUAAUGUUACUCGAACUGUGAGGAGACAGCUUGGGAAGAGCCGGUCGGCGUCUGCGGCUGUCGGAGCCAUGUCUCCGGGGAAGAGGCUCGACGAGUCUUUGCAGGUUCAACAAGAUGGGAUUCAAAGUGCCAUUCUCCAUUGCAAGAAAUCGUUUCACGGGUCGAGAGAAUCUUCUAUGUUAUCCCGAUCUACUAGUGAAUCUUCCUCACAAGAGAAACUCAGUACUUCAUCUUCUGAAGAUUCGUAUUUGUUUUCAAGAAUGUCAAGCGAUUCAUCAGUGUCGGAGAAAUCAAUGGAUAGUCUGACUUCAAUCAAGGAACAGAGGGAGAAGAUUUGCGAUUAGGUUUACUUUUGUCAAAAGAAAGAAAAAGAAAAUUAAAUAGCAGGAAGGAGCUUUAGUCUUUUGAAAAAUUAGUGCAAAAAAUACUUAGUUUGAAGUGGUGAUGAUGAUGGCAAAACAGACAAAUCUUGUUGCAGCAUCAGCAGAGACUCACAGAUUACUGAUGGCUCUUUCUUUUGCCUUUGUAUUGUGAUGGAUCAUUAUGUGAAUCCUGACACCUAGAAAUUUGAAAAAAAUAAGUAAAUAUAUAAUUAUUACAUA